GCCAUUCUAGUCAUUCCCGUCGUCGAGUGUGCGUCCAUGCAUAUGCACGCGAUUUACACCAUGCGGCAAUUUUGUUGCAGAUUCUGAUUCGAUAUUAUAAUAUUGGUGAUACAGUCCCUUCUAUCGAUCUCAUUCAUAAUUCGACGAAAAUUCUCGCUGUUCCUUCUCAUUUAUAUUUAUAAAACUUGGGAGAGUAAUUCAAUACAAUGGUUAAGUAUUAUGAAAACAUCACGAUCUUUCAUUUCGAUUGGAGUCAAGUCGUUCGAGGAUUCUUUCAGAGGUAUCCGAAUCCACACAGUUCGCACGUCCUCACCGAGGAUACGAUCUCCAGAGAAGUUAAAAAUGGAAAACUUUACUCCAAACGAUUGUUGACAAAAACUAACAGACUGCCCAAAUGGGGGGAAAGAUUUAUCAGCAAAAAUGUUGUUAAAAUUGUAGAAGAAAGUAUUGUUGAUCCUGAAGCAAAAACUUUGACUACUUACACAAAAAAUUUGGGUUACACUAAAGUUAUGAGCAUUGUUGAAAAAGUAGUUUAUCAGGUUUCUGAUGAAAAUCCAGAAUGGACAAUAGCGAAGAGAUCAGCAUGGAUUGACAGUCAAGUCUUUGGUUUCAGCAGGGCGAUUCAAGCAUUUGGAUUAGAUCGAUUUAAGAAAAAUUGCACCAAAAUGUCAGAAGGCUUUAAUUACGUUCUUACAAAUAUGUUUCCUCAUACAGCUCAAUUUAUAAAUCCGAAACUUUCUCAGAUGAGUUUUUCUAUGCAAGCUGGUCACAGCACCAUGGAUGAUAAUGUUACGACAAAAUCGAGUCUCGCGGAAGAUUUGCAGCAUUCUUUACAAGGUAAAGCAGAAAAGGUGAAAGAUGCUGCUAAGAAAGCCACAGAUUUGGCAAAACAAAAAGCAAGACCAAUAUAUGCAGCUUGUCAGCCAAACCAAUCGUAAAUCUUCAUAUAUUUUGCAAAAUGCAAUCAUUGUCUCGACAAAUGUAAAUAUCUCUUAGUGAUAGAAAUAUUCACCGAUAUCAUAUUAUUAUUAUGAUGUAUCUUAGACAAAAUGAUGAUACUUUAAAGACUAGAGAAUUCAAUAAUUGCAUAUUAUCAAAUAAUAUUAUUUGAUAACAAUUAAGAUAAAAAAUUAGAAAAUUAAUAUUGAGCAACAACAAAAUUGAGAUUUAAAGUUUUAAAAUUAAUAUUGAGCAACAACAAAAUUGAGAUUUAAAUUUGCUGAAUUUGGUAAUACAAA